AUGAAAUCUCCAAAAGCACCUGGUGCUGCUAGUCUCAGUGAAGCAAUAAUUGCUUCAGGACUUGUAAAAAAUCUAAAGCCAGAAGAAAUCAGAGAAAAAACACCAGAAAAAUUAUCAGAUAAUUUCCAACCAGUAAUCAAAAAACCAAUAGCAAAAGGUCCUCCUUCAUUUGCAGAUUUUAAACCUCGAUCAAAUUCUCAAUUAAAAUCAAUUGAAGAUAUAAUCAUCGAAAGACAAUUAAAUGGGCCUUUACCUAAACUCAAAAGCGAAAGUGCUUAUUUACGUCAAUCCAAAAAUCAACCAUUUAAUGUUUAUCCUGCACAACAAGAACCAGUAAUACCAACUAAUCAAGAAAUUGAACAACUAUUCCACGAAGACCAGCCGAUUACAUUUCCUCAAACACUUAUGGCAGAACAAGCCAUUGGAAAAGCUUCGGUUGGAUCUCGCGAAAAUUAUGAACAAUUAAACAAUUUAUUGCAUUCACUUACAGCACAAAUAAGUACAGAUGUCAGUUUAUCAAAAGCCGAACGUCUUGAAAAACAAAGAGAAGCUUACGAUACAAUUAUGAGUGAAAUUGUGCGACAAGGCUUUAUAGAAUGCGGAACAAAAGGCGAGAUACUUCAAUCCAUACGUAAUUACAUGUUAGAUGCCGCCGAACAAAUCCCAGCUUUUCAAGAAAGAAUUGACAAAGAAAAAAUGAAUGCGCAACAAGCUCUAGAAGAACUUUCCAAAGCGAGGAUUGAGUUUAAAGAGAAGAUGCUUGAAGCAGAAGCUAAUGUAGAACGUCUCAAACAUUCCAGUCUAACUUACAAAGAACACGCCGCUUUCUUUGAAUCAAAGAUUCCACAACUAGAAAACGAACACAAAUCAUUGAGAAACCAAGUGAAUGAUUUAUUAAAAGUAAAGGAAAGUUUGGAAUCCAGAAUUUCCGAAGAAAAAGACAAAACAAAUAAAGCUGUUCAAGAAAAUUUGAGUACAAAAGAAUUACUUGAAUCAAGUACAAAUGAAAUCAUGAGAUUAACAGGCGAAUACAAGAAAUUAGCUGCAGAAUAUGAAGAAUUAAUGCGAAAGAAUCAAGAAACAGAUCAUGACAAUCAACAUAAAGCAUAUCAAAUCAAAGUGUUGAAUUCGCAAAUUGAAACAAUGUCAAAAGAAAUGAAAGACGUAAAAGAAAUGCUUGGAGUUACUGAUGAAGAAGAAUAUUAUUAUUCAGAGGAUGAAGAAGGAGAAGGAAAUCAAUCCGCAAGAAGAAAAAUAAAGAAGAAAAGGAAGAAACCAGAUCUUGAUAGUAUUGCUGAAAGUAUAAAGAAACUGUCGAGUAAAACUGUUGUUAAAAGAGUUGAUCAAAUCACUCAAACGAAAGGAGGAAUCCAAGUGAAAAAAGAAAAGAAAAAAGAAUUCAAUUUGGAAGAUACUGUUCAAGGAGGAAUUCCUAAUGAAAUUACUCAAGAAAGAUUAAAAGAAUUCGCUAAAAUGAAAUCAGAUUAUGCUGCUGCUUCUUCUAUUUUACCUUCAAAUGCUGCUCUUUCUAUGGAUCAAUGGAAUCAGUUGAGAACAAUUAUAUUAAAAAGAAAUAAAAUAUUCGAGAUAACUCCUGAUAAUUAUUCGCAUGCAAUUAUAGGUAAUUUCCAGCUGCAAAAUGCUUAUGAUGAUCAAACAAAGAUAUUCGCAAGAGCUGUAAUUGCUAAAAUAAUUAAAAAUGCUGUAGAAAGACCUUCUUUCAAACAAUCUGUUGUUCAAACAAAUCCUGUUGUUUUGACUGUACAAAAGAGUACAAGAGAAUCUCAAACUGAUCCAAAUAUGUUCGAAGAAAGACAAAGAAAAGAUGCUUUCACGAGAUUUUUGGAUCCAAAGUAUUCAGACAGACAACCAAGAACUUUUGAAUGGACAAUUAAAGCUGUCAGAUCUGUUUUUGAUGAAAAAACUCUUAAAGAUACAACAGACAUAAAUGAAGGAAGAAAAGUUAGUUCGAUGCCGCAAUUUGCUUUAUCAUGGAGUACAAGACAAUAUGGUUUGCAAUACCUUGCUCAACAGUGCGCAUGGGAUUUGAUUAAUUCUGCAAGAGAACAUCAAUAUAAAUCUCCAGAAAUCAUGAUAUUUAGAGAAUUUUUGGAUGAAGAUUUAAGCGUUCAACAAUUAACUUUCUUCUUAAAAGUAAGAAGCCAAUGUCUAAGGAAAGCAAUUAUGAUACAAAUAGAAAGUGAAGAAGGUGAUGAAAAGUAUCAAAGUGUCUUUUUGGCAUCAUUCCAUGCAAUUGAACUUAUUAAAUCUGUUUUGCAGAAAUGUGGAAAUGAAUUUGUUGAAAGUGCAAUUAAAGAUUUAAGAACUCAUUUCGUGAGAAAACCUUCUCCAAAUGUUGAUGAAAAGUUCACUUAUGUUUCGAUGAUAAACUUCUUGAAGAUUGCUAUUGAUUUCUUUAAUCAAUAUGAACAUAUUGCAUUACUUAGAAUUGCAAACACAACGAGAAUUAUCCCUAAAGUUACUCCUGAAGAAUUUAUCUCUACGAUUUCUCGUUUGAUUCCUAACUUGAGAAUGGAAGAAAUACAUGAAAUAUAUAGAGUAAAUUGUACAAAUGGAAACAAUGAAUGUGUAACUUUAUCUCUUGAAGAAAUGAUUGAGAAGUUUAAGAAACAAAGUUUGCUUUCUAAUGACAAAACAACAUUGGAUGAUUUCCCUCAACCUUCUGGUGAGAAGUUUAACCAUAUAAUGAAAAUAUGGGAACCACUCAAUCAAGAAGUUGAGAAUUUGCUGGAAAAAGCACAAGAAAUCAGUGAAAAAGAACCUUCUGUUGCAAUUUCUAUUAUAAGUGUCAAUGCAAAAGUAACUGCAUUUCAUAAUUCUAUUGCUUGCCUUGACUACAAUGGAGCAAUGCAACAUAUAAUGAAUGUGAUGUUUGAGUUACAGAAUUUGAAAUGGAGAUUAGAUGAACCUAGUUUCGAUUCUGUCAACUCAAUUAUUGAGAAGAUCAAACCGAUUUUUCAUUCAUAA